AUGAACUAUGACAACCGCAGCUCGACAGUGAAUGGUCACUGGAAACAGUUCUCUGCGAAAGUUCAGCUGGAACAGCUUGGUUCUAAGAAGCAAAUGGCUUUUGCUGAUGCUCUGAGAUGUCCCCACAUUCCUCCUGCCAUAAACAAAAUAAGACGAGCAAAUCAAGGUCGUCGUGCCGCCGAGCAGCUGAAAACGGAGAACAUGGAUAUAGAUAUCCUAGAGCUCGCAGAGGAGAAGCUCAUUAUUGAACGGCCAAUUUCAUCGGACUUCGUUGAAAUGAUCGUCUCGCAGAUCACGUUUCAGUCCGUGAAUCUUAGCCUUCAAGUGAGACCAGGCCGGAUCUGCGAAGUUUGCAGAGUGGUUGACCGUCUCGAGGGUGCAGCUAAGAUACAAGAAGUGAAAAAGGAAAAAUUGGUACUCGAUCUCGAUUCGAUCUCGGUCGAGGCAUCUAUCACAACACCAGGAAGAUCAUGUGAAAAUAGUGCGUUAUGA